AUGACGACGCACGAAAAAAGCAGCGUCGCAUUGGCCGGCCCCGAUCCCAUACAGACCGUCGAGGACCGGGAGAAGGUCAAGGCGCAAGAGGAGUUGUCAGCACCACCUCUGGAAGCCACCACCGCCGCCACCGCUGCCGCGGCAAGCGAUGGUGUCCCUAGGGACGUCCAGACGCGGCUGGCCAUCCGCACACGCUUCUGCGACGACUUCUUUGAGGACUGCGCAGGGCCGAGGGGGAUCAAGCAGAUCGUGUCGUUGGGGGCGGGCAUGGACACGAGGGGGCUACGGCGCAGGGCUUCGGGGGACACCAAGGUGUUCGAGGUGGACCAAGCGCUCGUGCUUCGCGUCAAGAGCGCCCUUCUCACGCAGGCGGCGGCGGCCGACGAAGUAGCCGCGGCUUUGGCGGGGUUUCGAGAGAGGAGGGACGGCGGUGUCGGCCAGGGGCGCGUUGUCCCUGUGCAGGCCGCCCUGAGCGUGGAAGGGUGGCAGGGGGAGCUGUUCGAGGCAGGCUCCGACCCCAGCCUGCCGAGCGCGUGGAUCUUGGAGGGGCUGAACAUGUACCUUGAGGAGAAAGAGCUUGUGGCAUUGCUUCGGGUCCUGGCCAGUCUUUCCUCCCCUGGAAGCGCCUUUUGCGCCACCUACGUCUCGGCGGAGUCCGUGGAGCGGACCCAUAUCAGCGCCAGCCCCCCGAUGGGCCGAUGGAAAAGGGGCAGCGACAAACCUCCGGCUUUCUUUGAAGCCAACUCUCCGCAAGGGUGGUCGUUCAACGGGGUGACCUGCGGUACCCCGGGAGAGUUCCCCGAAGGGGCCGACUACGGAGUGGAUUUCGUGGGCAAGGCGGCGGCGUACGUCAUAGGGUACUUUUCGUCGUCUUCGUCGUCUUCCUCCGGGGGGGGUUCCGGCGAGUGGUGCCCCUGGCCGGGGAUAGAGAGGCUUUUGGAAGAAAGUAGGAGACGUGGUUUGUGA